CUCAUUCUAAAAAUACACCUACCUACUCUUCUGCACGCAAGAAUAAUCCACCAACGUGUUCAUGACCCUAAAGAAUUCGUCAUACCAGAAUGAUUCUAUUUUACAAUAAAUCCGAUUUACGUGCAGGUUUUAUGCAAAAAUUACUGUACCUAAAGAAAAUAUAUGAUAAAAACUACAUAUUUUUGAGGAAAUUCAAAUUCAAUUGCAGGUGCAAUGACUCAAAUUUGAUUCGCUGAAUUUAUCGAAAUUCGAUAAUUCAAAUCGCCUCUGUAUAGAGGAACAGAGAUAGAAAAUAACGACCGUUACGUUCACAUGACGACCGACGACCAAUCAGCGCGCAGAGACUUAGGCGUUGGCACGGAGAUAGACCGUGACGUCAGAGUUCAUAUAAAUACAAACGACGUCGUCAAAAAACCUCAAGUUCGUUUGGAAAGCUGCAUUACUAGCUAAUCUGAACGUCUCUCUUGUUGAAUUUUAAUUCAUUUGUGGUGUUAAAACUUUGAAAACCUAUUCAAAAUGCGUGAAUGUAUCUCAGUCCAUGUUGGCCAAGCCGGAGUCCAGAUCGGUAAUGCCUGUUGGGAAUUGUACUGCCUGGAACAUGGCAUCCAACCCGAUGGUCAGAUGCCAUCAGACAAAACUGUAGGUGGUGGAGACGACAGUUUCAACACAUUCUUCAGUGAAACUGGCGCCGGAAAGCACGUACCAAGGGCAGUAUUCGUAGACUUGGAACCCACCGUCGUUGAUGAAGUCAGAACCGGUACCUACAGACAAUUGUUCCACCCAGAACAACUUAUCACAGGCAAAGAAGACGCCGCCAACAACUACGCCAGAGGUCACUACACAAUUGGUAAAGAAAUAGUCGACUUGGUUUUGGACAGGAUUCGUAAAUUGGCUGAUCAAUGUACUGGUCUCCAAGGUUUCUUGAUCUUCCACUCUUUCGGUGGUGGUACUGGUUCUGGAUUCACAUCUUUGUUGAUGGAACGUUUGUCUGUUGACUACGGAAAGAAAUCAAAAUUGGAAUUCGCUAUUUACCCAGCUCCUCAAGUAUCCACAGCAGUAGUAGAACCAUACAACUCUAUCCUGACCACCCACACCACUCUUGAACACUCCGACUGUGCCUUCAUGGUUGAUAAUGAAGCCAUCUACGACAUUUGCAGACGUAACUUGGACAUCGAGCGCCCGACCUACACCAACUUGAACAGACUUAUCGGCCAAAUUGUAUCUUCAAUAACUGCUUCUCUAAGGUUCGAUGGUGCUCUCAACGUCGAUUUGACAGAAUUCCAAACUAACUUGGUCCCUUACCCUCGUAUCCAUUUCCCUCUGGUCACCUAUGCCCCUGUCAUUUCCGCAGAAAAGGCUUACCAUGAACAGUUAUCUGUUGCUGAAAUCACCAACGCCUGCUUUGAACCAGCCAACCAGAUGGUUAAAUGCGAUCCCAGACAUGGAAAAUACAUGGCUUGUUGUAUGUUGUACAGAGGGGAUGUCGUACCAAAGGACGUCAAUGCUGCUAUUGCCACCAUCAAGACCAAGCGUACCAUCCAGUUCGUAGAUUGGUGUCCCACUGGUUUCAAGGUUGGUAUCAACUACCAACCACCCACUGUAGUACCAGGAGGAGAUUUGGCUAAGGUACAACGUGCCGUAUGCAUGUUGUCCAACACCACUGCUAUAGCUGAAGCUUGGGCCAGGCUCGACCACAAGUUUGAUCUGAUGUACGCCAAGAGAGCCUUUGUGCAUUGGUAUGUAGGUGAAGGUAUGGAAGAAGGUGAGUUCUCUGAGGCUCGUGAAGAUUUGGCCGCUUUGGAGAAGGAUUAUGAAGAGGUUGGUAUGGAUUCUGGAGAAGGCGAGGGUGAAGGAGCAGAGGAAUAUUAAAGAUAACGAUUUGAUUAUUUCAAAAUUCCACAUUUUUUAUACUUUUUUCGAUACUUUUCUCUGAAACGAUAAUUCAAGUCUGAUUUAUUUAAUACAGUUUUUUUUUACCUGCA